AAACUUUCGAUUUGAAAAGAAAAACACUUGUGUCCCCGCGAAGACGAAACGUGCUUCUCCUUGUUCUCCGAUUACUCGGAUUAUUCUAGCAAAGAUCUUUGGAAGAAAAGCAAGAAGGAAAGAAACUAGACGAUGAAGCUAAAAAAAGGGGUGAUUUAUGGUUUGGUUUCGAUCGGGUAGAUGGUUUUUCAGUUUUCAUUCGUAUUUCAGUCUAAUCCCAACCAAGAGACUCUGUAAUCCGUAGAUGUUGAAUUCAACUCGACAUGAAAGAACCAUUAAAGAGCGUCUUCAAGAUAAAAAAGAAACCUUACGAUGUUUAUCUCAGUGAGGACGAGGUGAUAUGGACUCCAACGGUAAAGGAAGAAGCAGCACCAAAGAGAAAGAAUUAUGAACUUGUCACAAGAUCCCUUCCAAUGAGUGACAUUAUUGGGGCUUUGAUAAGAAAGAAGAAAAGCCCCAAGAAAUCCAAUAAGCCAGGAAGACUUAUGGGCCUCACUUUGUUUACAUUCAGUAAAGGAAAGGAUAGAAAACUGAUAGAAUCAAGAUUGUCUUUUGAGAGUAAUGAUCAGGAGCUUUGUCAGUUGUGGAUGACAACAAUAAAUGAAAUUCUGGAAGAGCGCCCUGGAAGACCCCAGAAGCUAAAAGUGUUUAUAAACCCAUACAGCAAAAAGGGCAGAGCUCCUGCUGUAUAUGAUACACUUGUGGCUCCACUGUUCAGAAAAGCUGGCAUUAAGACUGAUGUGAUAAAAACUGAAAAAGCAGGUCAUGCUUGGGAAUUACUUGCAAAAUCACAUCUUGAUGCAUAUGAUGGGGUUGUGUGUGUUGGUGGCGAUGGUAUUGUACAUGAAGUUGUUAAUGGAUUAUUGCAGAAAGCCCACACGGAUGCUGGCUUUGAUGUUGUGAAUGAAGCGCUACCUGAAGAUUAUCAAGCUGUAAAACUUAACAUGAGAAUCGGAAUCAUACCUGCAGGAUCAACAGAUGUGGUUAUAUCAUCAGCACAGGGCACUAAUGAUCCAGUUACGUCAGCUAUCCACAUUAUCUUAGGACACUGCCAACCACUGGAUAUCUGUUCCCUUGAGAACGCCAACCGUCUGUUAAGGUUCUCUUUCUCAUUGGCGUAUGGGUUUCUGGGAGACGUAUUGAAGUCUAGUGAGCAAUCACGAUGGAUGGGUCCCAGUCGAUAUAAAUGGGCCGCUGUAAAAAGAAUGUGUAAACUUAAAACAUACGAUGUCGAGAUUAACUAUUUGUCAAGCACCGAUAAGGAAAACCACCCACGUGACAACCAGCGCUGUAGGAAAGGAUGCGAAGUUUGCGAAAGACCAGAUCCAUCACCUGACGAGGAAACAAAAGAAUGGAAGACAUUCAAAGGGCAAGUAGCAGGGGUCAGUCUUAUCACUCUUCCCAGUCCCUGUGAAAUCUCCCCGGACGGGCCAUCACCGUCCUGUCACCUUGGCGACGGAUACACAGACAUGAUCAUAGUACAGGCCUGCACGAAGGCACAGAUGUAUUCACAUGUACAGAGAAACUUUAAUUCAAAAGACCAGUUUGACUUUGACUUCGUGGAAGUGAAUCGCGUAAAGCAAUGUUACAUCAGGGCUGUUACUGACUACGAACAAAGACACAAAAACGACGGCGAAAGUCAGCGUCUUACUUCUCUUCCAAGAAGCAUCAGUAGAGAUCGUUCUAUUGGGGUGUGGAACGUUGAUGGAGAACUACUUAACGAACCAUCCGUUCUUGUUAGGGUUCAUCGAAAAUUGGUGACAGUCUUUGGACAGGGAAUARAAGACGAUGGUCCCAAGCAAACAUGCUUCAGCUUCAAGUCACGUUAAAAGCACACAGCUUGUUUUCAAGGCCAUUAAAGGCGUAGUUCGAGGUGGUUCAACGGAUCUUUGUGGACAUUUAGUAAAAUUAGAUAUAUAUAUUCUUGAUGAUCGUGUUUUUUAAACAACUAGAGGUUUUGCACGAURGUAGUCAUAUUGCAUGAAAAAGUAAUGCAGUUCCUUGAGACCAAGGAAUUAUAUAAAUUUCGUUCUGCAUUUCAUCCAACAUGGCUGCUGCCACAUGAUCCGCCAUCUUGCAGAGCGUCUGUUCAAUGGAAAUGUAUAUUUUCUCAUGCCUAUAGCGUUCACAAACCACUUUAAAAUACUUGAUAGUAUCUUUGCCUUUAUUCAAAGGUUUUAGGCGCAUUUUAGUGGUGACGUCACAGAAACCACGUGGUUUUAGUGCAAUUAGUAAUAAUAAUCUCUAAUAAUUUUGAAUUGAAUAUGCUAGAAUUUUUAUUUAUAUUAGCUUUUUAUUUAAGAAUUUACCAAAGAAAUUAUUAACAAAGAGUGAUAUAAUCAGAUUAUUAUUAUUUAUGAUAUUGCUGAUUUUCAUGUAUUGAUCAUUUUUCAAAGAGUGAAGUUUUAGCAAAAAGUUAUAAUUACUCGCUAAUGUAUUGACAAAUGCUGAAUUUUUUAUCUAAUUUAUAAUUAAAGGCUAUACUUUGUUGUUACCUUC